AGCUAAGCCCCUUUCUCCACCUACACGUACAUGCAUUCUGUUUAUACGUUCAAUCAAAAAACUGUGUCAGAUCAGAAAUCAUCAUUCUUCAAUCACCAAUGAUUGAAGAAAAAAAGGGAAGCCUGGAACUUACAAAAGCCAAUCUAAUUACCACCGCUUACAAUAAAAAAUACAGAUAAAGAAACAACAUCUACAAUUAUCCUCUAAGAAGUUUCACCAUCUAACUCGAGAAGCCAAAGAAGGAAAGGCCACUACAAUUCUGUUGAGAAUAAUGUAGGUCAAAGUUGUACAUGUAUGGAAUAGAAAAGACAAAGUUAAACACUAUAUAAAAUGAAAAAGUAGUAACCUUUCUUGUUUUAAGGUUUUGAGUUUAAAAUGGUAUCAAAUAACUUGUGUGUAAAACUAAUAUAUAUAUAUAUAUAUAUAUAUAUUAUAAAAAUUUAUAUAAAUCCAAUAGUGAGUUUAUAUUUCAUAUCUCUCGUAUACACAGUCACAUUAAAACGACAAGGGGCAAAACAUAUCUCUCAUAAACUGCUACCGACACUAGUUACUCUCCAUUCCCUGUUGCAUUGCCUUUAAGAUGUUCACAUGACUCUGGGACCUAGCAAUAAUCGCUUCUGGAUCUCACACCAUACUGUAUCAUAUUCCCCUCAACAUAAAAGUUAGUUAAAGUACACAUAAAAUUCUUUCACACCAAAUUAUUAUUCACUCGUUGCUUCUCUUCUCCAUAAUCAUCACCAACCUUUUCCUUCAAUCUAGCGCCCGUUCCUCCCAAUGGCUGAAUCUUUGCUGGGCUUUGUGAUUGAAAAUUUGGAAUCUUUUGUUCAAGACCAACUUGCAACUUAUUGGGGUGUUGAUCAACAGACUCAGAAGCUUUCUAACAAUCUCACUGCAAUUCGUGCUGUCCUGAGAGAUGCUGAGAGAAAGCAAAUAACAAGUCAUGCCGUGAAGAAUUGGCUGCAGAAACUCACAGAUGCAGCAUAUGUGCUUGAUGAUAUCUUGGAUGAAUGUUUAAUUCACUCCACAAAGGUGCAAGCUCAUGAUGGACAUAUUUCGCGCCUAUCCCGUCUCCAUCCUAAGGACAUUGUCUUUCGUUUCAAUAUUGGCAAGAGGAUGAAAGACAUCACACAAAGAUUUCAUGACAUUCAUGAAGAAAAGAGCAGGUUUAAUUUAGAACAUGGUGUCACACAGGUGCAAACGGUGGAUGAUGAUUGGCGCCAAACUAGCUCUGACAUUACAGAGCCUGUAGUCUAUGGCAGAGAGCAGGAUCGGGAGCAAAUUGUGAAGUUUCUUGUAGAAGAUGCUAGUAACAGUGAAGACCUCUCCAUCUAUUCCAUAGUUGCUAUGGGUGGACUUGGCAAAACAACACUUGUCAAGCAGGUCUUCAAUGAUGACAGGGUAUGCAAACAUUUUGAUUUGACAAUUUGGGUGUGUGUUUCUGAUGAUUUCAACACCAAGACAAUACUACAAUCCAUGAUAGAAUGUAUCACUGGAAAAAAUCCAAAUCUCAAUAGCUUAGAAGCAUGGCGGAAAAGGGUUGAAGAAGUGUUGCAUGGCAAGAGGUAUUUACUUGUUCUUGAUGAUGUGUGGAAUGAAGACCAAGAGAAAUGGAAGCAGUUGAAGGGGAAGUUGCAGUGUGCAAGGGCAGCAAAAGGCGCUACCAUUUUGGUCACCACUCGACUCGAGGAAGUUGCCUCCACCAUGCAAACGCAUCCUGCCUACCACUUGAAAGAAUUGUCAGGAGACGACAGUUGGUCAUUGUUCAAACACCAUGCGUUUGGACCAAACCGAGAAGAAAUGGAAGAGCUCGUGGCAAUUGGCAAAGAGAUAGUGAGAAAAUGCAUUGGUUUGCCCCUCGCCAUAAAAGCACUUGGAAGCCUCUUGCGUGAUCAAAGUGAGGUAAGACAGUGGAAAAAUGUAAAGGAAAGUGAGAUUUGGGAUAUACGAGAGGAAAAUAGUUCUAUGAUAAGUGAGGAAAAUUCUAUUAUGCGUGCUUUGAAACUCAGCUACUCUAAUAUGGAGUUGUCUCUGAAGAGAUGCUUUUCUUUUUGUGCAAUUUUCCCCAAAGAUUUUGAAAUAAGCAAGGAAGAAUUGAUUCAUCUCUGGAUGGCUAAUGGAUUUAUUGAAUGUGAAGGAAACAUAGAAGUGGAGGAUGUUGGAAAUAAGGUGUGGAAUAAAUUAUACCGUAGAUCAUUUUUUCAAGAAGCAAAGUGCGAUGAGUUUGGUAUGGUCACAAGUUUCAAGAUGCAUGAUCUAUUUCAUGAUCUUGCCCGGUCUAUUAUGGGCGAAGAAUGUGUGUCUUUUUGGGGAGGAAGGUUGACUCCGUUGUCAAGCAGAGUUCACUAUUCAACCUUGUUAUCUGAUGGGUCUUUUCGAGGAUUCAUGAGAGCUUUCAAGAAAGUUGAAUCCCUGCGGACUUUUAUUGAUUUGCAUCCUUGUGUUCUUAUUGGUUUUAGCCCGGUGCCAUCAAACCCUUCUCUCCGAGCAUUAUGCACAAACUCUUGUUUGUUGUCCCCACUCAAGGAUUUAACACAUCUGAGAUACUUGAGUUUGAGUAAGAGUUGGAAAUCAAGCUUAAAUAACUCAAUUUGUCAGAUGCCCAAAUUGCAAAUUUUGAAACUGCAAAGUUUCAGAUUUCUUCGUGGGCUGCCCAAAGACUUGACACAAUUACAAGAUCUAAGACAUAUUGUUAUGAAUCAAUGCAAUUCAGUAGAAAAGACGCCUCCCAAAAUUAGCAAGUUAAGGCAUCUAAGAACACUAAGCAUUUUCGUGGUGGGUUCAAAGCCAGGGUGCGGGUUAGCAGAGUUGCACAGCUUAAAUCUGGGAGGCGCGCUGAGGAUCAGAGGCCUUAAGAACGUCCCCAGUGAAUGGGAUGCUAAACAAGCAAAUCUGAUUGGUAAGAAGGAGUUGAAUAUCCUGCACUUGUCAUGGGAUGGUAGUGCUAAUUCAAAAAGUAGUAAUGUUAGUGUGGAGAGAGUACUGGAAGCCCUGGAACCUCCUUCAACUCUGAAGAGUUUUCAUAUAAAAGGGUAUGAGGGAAGGCAGUUAUCGAGUUGGAUGAGAAGUCCAGUCACUUUAAGAGACUUGGUGGAAGUUAAGCUCUUGGACUGUGACAACUGUGAGGAGCUUCCUCCUCUUGGUAAACUACCAUACUUGAAAAGGCUAGAGCUGAUUAGAAUGAAAAAUGUGAAGUGGAUAGAUGGUGAGACAUAUGUGGGCGUGGAGGAGAAGGCAUUUCCAUCGUUGGAGGAAUUGAGUGUGGAUAAUUUACCAAAUUUGGAGAGGUUGUUGAGGGAUGAAAGAGUAGAGAUGGUACCUCAUCUUUUGCAAUUAAGGAUUGAGAGGGUCUCCAACCUUAAAUGUCCACGUCUUCCUUCUGUUGAAAAACUUGAUGCUGGAGAGAUUGGCGAAGCGGCUUCCUUCAUGGAAGUUGUGGGGAAUACGGCUUGUCUAAAGACCUUGAGCAUUGAAUACAUUAAAGGAGUGGUGGUAUUACCCGAACAAUUUAGCGGGUUGGGUGCACUACAGGAUCUAUACAUUGCAUAUUGGUAUGAUGUGGAGUAUUUCCCAGAACAUGUCUUGGAGGGUCUAACUUCUCUUCGAACUUUGUCUAUUAAUUACUGUGAGAAAUUGAAAUCCUUGUCUGAAGGUGUUCGACAUUUGGCUUGUCUUGAGAGUUUGACAAUCUGCGGUUGUCCAGAGCUGGUGGCUCUACCAAACAAGAUGAGCCAACUAACUGCCCUUCAGCACGUCUCAAUCAAUAUUUGCUCCACAUUACCAGAUGGCUUACAACGUGUCCCCUCCCUACGUUCUUUGUAUAUAUGCGAUUACAAGUCUACUUCAUUGCCGGACUGGCUGGGAGAUAUAUCUACUCUUGAAGAAUUAAUCAUUAAUUACUGUAGGGAGUUGAGGUCACUGCCGAGUAGCAUUCAACGCCUCACCAACUUGUCUCAUUUAAGCAUAUGCAAAUGUCCUCAUCUGAAAAAGCGGUGCAAGAGGGAAACAGGAGAGGAUUGGCAAUACAUAAACCACAUUCCAAAAAUAGAACUAUUUUCACGAUGAAACCGACUUUUUAUGGAUUUUAAUGAAGUUCUUGUUGUUGCUGAUAUGGAUUGCAUUCGUGACGCUAUGAAUAAGCAGUGAUUCAAAGGAAGUCAUAACUCUGAAGAUGAUUGGUUCCGUAGAUAAGGUGGAUAACUUAUAUUUCUCACAGAAUCUUCUUCAACACUGACUCCUAAAUUUUAGUCAAAUCAAUUUUCAUCGGAUUAUAUUCUUUUAUGCAUAAUUGUAAUUUUAAUCACAUAUGUAUAAUUUUUUAUUAUACUGAGCAAGGAUUGGCAAUACAUAAACCACAUUCCACGAUUGGAACUAAUUUUCAAUGCAUCUUAGAUUCAGCUUAGUCAGUAACUUUUGUUGUCAUCAAUUUUUCUAUAUGAAAUUUCGUAGGAGAUGUAAAAUCAUUUGUGUUCUUUCUUUAACCUCUUUUAUUCCCCUCACGUCAGGAUU